AUAUUGUCAAGAUGAAGCUGGAAAGUACACCUGGAGACAUGAGUGGGUGGCGGGAGGUGGACUUUGUCCUCAACUGCACCUACAUUGUGCCGGACCAGGUGUCGGACCCCAGUUUCAACCUGCCCAAAGCCAUGACCUCCAUCCCACGCAACCUCACCUUUGAACACAGCACAGAUAAUGAGGUGAUGGGCGUGUUCAGCAAAGAGUACAUUCCUCAGGGGACUCGCUUUGGCCCUCUUCAAGGAGUCAUCUACACCAAAGACAACGUUCCCAAACAGGCCAACAGGAAAUACUUCUGGCGGAUUUACAGCAGUGGGCAGCUCCAAAACUUCAUUGAUGGCCAUGACGUCCACAGGAGCAACUGGAUGCGUUACGUCAACCCGGCCCGCUCUCUGGCCGAACAGAACCUGGUGGCGUGCCAGAACGGCCGGGACAUCUACUUCUACACCAUCCGACCGGUGGAGCCCAACCAGGAGGUGCUGGUGUGGUACAGCCAGGAGUUUGCCCAGAGGCUCUGCGGCCAGCAAGUUGACAUCAAACAGAAAUACAUGAGUUCGGAUGAAGACCAAGAGCCGGAGUAUGCCAAACAGCACCUACCUCAGCAGACAUGGCUUACGGACAGAACAAAAGAGGAGGUGAAAGAAGAGAGGGAUGAAGAUGGAGAGGAGAAUAUCGACGUGGAGAUUUUGGAGAGAGACACACCGCCUGACACGCCUGAUGACCAGAUCAUGGACUUCAGCAAAAAGGUUGAGAAGGAGGAGAGCGAUAGAGAUCCAGAAGACCGGGGGAAUGUUCCUUCCCCUAAGCCCGAACACAGAGAGCCUAGUCUGGGCUUAAAUCACCGGUACUUACCGGAUACCCAUCCUCCGCUCCCAUCACAGCACCGAAAUCUCCCUCUUCACCUCCACGGCCUCUACAGGGAAGGCGUUUCAUCCUACCCCAUUUACCCCCAAUCCAGACCCCUCCAGCCCAAUUACCCGCUCCUUCCUCCCUACGGCCCGCACUAUCCUCGCCUCCUCCUCCCCUCAUACUCCCCUCCCUUUCCUGGUAUGCUGCCCUCAAGAGGAUCCCUCCGAUACAGCAGCUACCUGGGCACCGACGGCCUCCCGUAUCCACCCAUCGGCCCACCUAAUCUGCUGCCAGUGUCCCUCCCCUACCCUCCGUCUUUACAGGGAGGUCUGAAAGAACUCAAAGCAAACGUGUCGCCACCACGAGGCGCACCAGCCACCCCGGAGCUCUCCCCUCUCCCCAAGCCCGACAGUCAGCACCAUUCUGCCGAGCAGUCUCCCUCUGGUUUUGAGGAAGCCAUGAAUCUAAGCCUGGCUACGAUCAGAAGCAAAACAGCGACACGCAACGGCCCCGGCCACAAAUCGCUGCCCUACCCACUGCAGAAGCAGAACGGAAAGAUCAAGUAUGAAUGUAAUAUCUGCUCGAAGACUUUCGGACAGCUGUCAAACCUCAAGGUCCAUCUUCGAGUGCACAGUGGCGAGAGACCGUUCCAGUGUAACCUAUGUAAAAAGAGCUUCACUCAGCUGGCCCACCUCCAGAAACAUCACCUGGUCCACACGGGGGAGAAGCCACAUGAAUGUCAGGUGUGUCACAAACGCUUCAGUAGCACCAGCAACUUGAAAACACACCUCCGCCUCCACUCCGGGGAGAAACCCUACCAGUGCAAGCUGUGCAACACCAAGUUCACCCAGUACAUACACCUCAAACUGCACCGCCGCCUCCACAGCAGCCGCGACCGCCCCUACCGCUGCCAGCUAUGCGCCCAGGCCUUCUUCCACCGCUUCUCCCUCGGCAUCCACCAGUGCAGCUGCUGCCUGGCAAACACCAACACGUCCGUCAACGUACACAUGAAACAGAUGGUGGAGCGGUUCGACGCCAGCCAUGAGGCUGACAUGCUCACAGAGGUGGCGUCGGCACCGCAGGUGGAGGAGGCGGUGGAGCGUUGGUUGGAGCGCACCUUGGAGGGCGAGGGAAAGGAGUACCAGAAGGAGGCAACCCUACUGCUGAAAGCACUGAUGGCGGCUAUUAACUCGCCAGCUAUGCCCAUGGCCCAAUCAGCAACACCCUCGUCACAUCACAUCCCUCCACUGGCCUAUCAGGAGAGGGCCAGCGUUGUUCACCUCCACCAACGGCCAACAGUGAAGACAGAAGGACAGUGAGAAGGAAUGGAGGGAGGGAGGAAUUUGAAAAGGACAUACAGCAUACCAGAAACCAAGAAAACAGACGUUUCGCCAAAUAAAACUCCCUAAAUAGUCCAUGAAAGGCAUUAAAGGGAAACUUUUUAUAAUCAAAUGAGCGCAGCACCAAAACAAGAGCAUUCCAAAGACUGGGCGAGGGUAUUCAGUGAUUGUACUUCCUCCCAAAACUCAGUUUAAAAAAUGAAAAUGGAGGACGAUAGUGUCAAACUGUGAAGUAUUGAAAACUCUUUUCACUCAGGUAGAGAAUUGUUUGCUUUUAUUGUGCUUUAACUUAUUAUUUUUCUUAAAAUUUAAGUCAUCUUUAUUUAUUUAGUUGUAAAAUAGUUUUUUUCUGUUAGUGUUUUUUUUUCUGUGUGUUGACACUUUCAGAGAUGUGAUCUGUUAGGAAAACCACAAAUAGACUCAGGAACAAUGAUGCGGCACAAACCCGGGAUUGAGUCUUCACUUGUUAAAUUGUGCAGUGUUUUGCUUUGUGUGACAGCGUGUUUGAGCUGCUGGGUGCAUGCGUACAACGAGUGGAAGUUUAUACGAACGACAGGGCACAGUGAUGAUGGCACAAACCACAUUCCUGCUCUUUAACUGUUUGCAACUAUUUUAUUUAUUUAUGAUUUUAAAAAGGGAAAAGAAAUCAGGUCUCUUUAAAUUGUGUGAUAAUAAGCAAUUGCCAAAACUACAAUCAAAGAACAUGAAUGUGUAGUAAUGUUUUUUGGAUCAUUAUUCAACUUAGUGAAGAAAGGGGUUAAGAAAAAAAGCAUAACCUUGACUUUUUUCUUAAUUAUUUAGCAACUUCUCGCAGGUAAUUUAGAUAUCAAUGUAUCAAAGACACACUGUGCUGAACAAAACUAAAUACCACCAAAAGAAACUAAACAACAAAUCCAAUGUGAUCACAGUAUCACAAUGAAAUAUGUACACAAAGUCCUUUGAAAAUGUCUUUUAGUCUUUCUUAUUGCAACGUUUUUAUGUCAGCACUGACAAAUUAAGUGGAUCGCUGUGUAGCUUUUACUGGAUUCAAAUGUUUCAGAUAUUUCCUAUGUACAAAGCUUUACUGUGAACGUUUUGGCCGACGAAAACGAGCAACACGGGCACAAUUUUCUAACAUUGUUCAUAUUUUUCUCACUUGGCACUGGACAAAAAUGCCAAGAUCUGUGUGCUUUUGGUUGUUCCCCAAAACCAGCAGGUACUGUUCUUAAGAAUUGUACUACUGAGUCAGUGAUGUACUUCUUUUAUGAUUUUGGUAGUGUUUUUUUUACUUUGUAUAUGUUUGUCUAUGUAGUUUAUUUUUGCAAACAUGAUAUGAGAUGUUAAGAAUUUAUAUGUGAGAGACUAUUUUGAUGAUACUUUUAUAUUUACAUCAUGUAGCAUAUUAAAGAUAUUGUUUCUAUA